GUCGAACUUCGCAAGCGCAAGACUCCUCCUCCUGCUCCGGCGCCAGCACCAAAGAAGGAGCGCAAGACCAAGGCCGCCAAAGCGAACGGAAAGUCCGAGCCUGUUGCUGAACCAGCUGCGCCUGAGCCGAGUGCUGCACCCGUAGCCGCGCCUCAGCCGGAAACCAAGGCUGCCUCUGGAACACCCAAAUCUGGGAAUAAGAUUGACUUUGAAGGCUUUGGUGGUGAAGUCGAGACCAAUGACGGUCGUAAGGUUACGCUCAAGUCGCUGGUCGACGAGAGCAAGGAAGGCGUCGUGCUCUUCACAUACCCCAAAGCGAGCACGCCUGGUUGCACAACCCAAGUUUGCCUUUUCAGAGACUCGUAUGAACCAUUGACAGAAGCCGGGCUCAGCAUCUACGGCCUGAGCACCGAUUCACCAAAGGCCAACACGACUUUCAAGGAAAAGCAGAAGCUCCCGUACCCUCUACUCUGUGACCCUUCAGCUUCGCUCAUUGAAGCGAUUGGAUUGAAGAAGGCACCCAAGGGAACCACACGUGGAGUGUUCGUCGUCAAGAAGGAUGGCGAGGUUCUGGCAGCUGAGCCUGGAGGACCAGCAGCAACUCUCGAUGUGGUCAAAGGUGUUGUC